UGAACUGCCCAACAGGGUAGUCUGCGUUGUAUAUAUUCCGACGUCGGCGACUAAGGAGAAAUAGUUAGCUAAGCUAAUCUUCACAGAUGGUAGUAGAGGGUAGUAGCGGUUCAAACGCUUUAUUAUAGAGCGAAAUAUUAAAACAAUCCAACAGUAUUCAUGGAUUUACUCACAUAAUUCUUCACACGGUGUCCCAGAUAUUCCUCUUUUAACACAUUUAAAGGCGCAUUUUCUACUCAGCGCAUUAAAUGGAGGAGAAGAAGAAGGAAGACGGAGACUCGGAGAUACAGGAACACGGACCCGAGCACUGGUUCUCAAAAUGGGAGCGGCAGUGCUUGGCCGAGGCGGAGCAGAGGGAGCCGAGCGAGGAGGAGGCCGACAACGACCAAGAGAAACUGUGGCACCUCUUCCAGAACUCCGCCACCGCGGUGGCUCAGUUAUACAAAGACAGAGUAUGCCAUCAGCAGGGCCUGUCAUUGUGGGUGCCAUUUCAAAACUCUGCAACAGCAGUUACCAACCUCUACAAAGAGAGUGUGGACGCCCAUCAGAGAAGCUUUGAUCGGGGCAUCCAGAUAGGCCACCAACGCCGUAAUAAGGACAUGUUGGCCUGGGUGAAAAAGCGCCGGAGAACCAUCCGUAGAGAGGAUCUUAUCAGCUUUCUGUGCGGCAAAGCACCACCACACAGGAGUAGCAGGGCCAACCCCCGGCUGGCCAUGGUGGCUCCCAGCCGGGCUAAUUCACCAGCUGAGACCGGCUCAUCUGUGGAAGCAGACCUCCAGCCCUUCAGGGAGGCCAUAGCACUGCAUGGUUUGAGUGGAGCCAUGGCGAGUAUCAGUGUGCGCUCUGGCGCUCCAGGGUCUCCCACACAUGUGAGUGGGAGCAGCAGUAACGGAGGUGGUGCUGGUGUAGGUGGUUCUUCCGGCUCGGGGCCGGUGUGCCGCAGCAGGCGCAACGGGCUCCAAGACGUCGACCUGAACACUUUCAUCUCGGAAGAGAUGGCACUGCAUCUGGACUCCACAGGCUCCGCCUCUGCUGGAGGGGGAGGAACCAGGAAACGAAACUCCACCCAGUGUAGUGACGUCAUCACAGACUCCCCUACACACAAACGCAACAGGAUGAUCUGAUCUGCUUGCCUGCCUAUAUGUGUGUGUGAGGGGGGUGAGGGGGGAAAAGCCUUCAAGGCCAAGGCUAGGAGAGGGGGGAUGGAUGGAUGGGCUUAUAUGGGACAGAUGCACAGAUGGACAGACGGACAUUCGGAUGCCUGGCUGUGCAGAAGAACCCGGGCUGAAAAUGAAAACAGGGACUGAAGGUUCGUUCUAUUCAGAUGUUGAAUGAGUUCUAUUCCUUGUCUCCUUUCCUCACACUAUUACUACAAAUCACUGAUCUGCAAUCAGAACACUUAAAGUGUGUGUGUGUGUGACUCGGAGGUCUGGACGACAUCACACACUCCUCAGACGCCGCCGCCCUGGAAAGGGGACAACGAAGGAAGACACCAACUCAUUCUGGGAUGCAGACAGUUCUCAAAGGGGUGAACAUGCACUGUGCUGCUUGACAAGUAAAAGCCACUUGAUCCUUGACACAUUUGUGCCCUUCCCUCCCGUAACCUCACUCAUCCUCACCCACCACCUUAAUAAGGAAGUGAGGGCCAUGAUCAAAUCGUCUCACUCAGUGAACCGAGUUGCUCGGCAAAUGUCGGAACCCAACUCUUGUCAGAGACGCAACCUUUGCGUCAAACAACCCCCCACCUGUUCUUUCUGUUACUUCAUCAUUGUAGCUCUCAGUUGACGUUGCCUGUCAGUGGCGGAGCUAAAUCGCCCAGUAGGAGUACAUCUGUGGCAUCAUCCUGCAACAUCUGCCGCUCGUAGCCAGUUACAAUUCUCUGGCUACUCGGUCGAUGGCAUGUAACUUUAUUCUCUGCUUCAACAGUGGCUUGAUUUAGUUUCAGCCUGUCGCCCUUUUUGUUUUUAGUUCUUCAACCACCAGUGUUAAAAUUAUAGGUUUGUUUGCCACUGUUUGCAGCAGUGAUAGCCAAGUUAAUUUUGCGUUCUUUUCUCCACCUUGUUUUUUUUGUUGUUGUUGAGGAUAAUGGAAAGGAAUUUUUUUUUUUCUUUGUGUAUACAGCUUGUCAAACAGCCCGUUUGCUGACUGCGACGCCCUCUCCCCCCCUUUUACCCUAGUCUUAUUACGAAAGCAGCUGCUGUUUUAUGUGAUCUUGUGAUUAUUCUGAUGAGUUGCAAUAAGGAUUUUUGCACUUAGCUUUCACCUCUAACUCAUGCAAACAAAUCGGCUCUUCCAUUGUAUCCCAGUUGUAGCCUCGUCCAGCCCUUAACAGGCCCAUUUUGUGGUCAGUCCACACAUUACUUGCAGGUUGCUGCUUAGAUAAACACUUGGUAUGACUAGAAAGGGAGCCCUCGCGCAUACCUCUGGUUCCAACAACUCUUCAAAAGUGUUUGAUCAGAUUGCGGAACGCUUCUGCUGUGGGCUCUACUUGUAUUCAAAGACUCAAGUCCUUCCCUGUCUGACAAAUGUUUUAACUUUUAUCGGGAGAUAAUCGGUGCUGUAAAGAAAGCAUAAAUCACAGAUGUUUACAAAGGUAGCGUUUCUCAACAGACCCACCGAGCAUGCCAGCCAGCCAGUGCACACAAGGCACUGGAUUAUUUGGUUAGAGUGUCGGCUUGGGUGUUGGGACGCUCUGCUUUUUGUAUAAAGGGGCGUGUGCAUUAAUAAGACAUGGAUGGCUUUGAUUUUACUUGGUACAGGAUGACGCAACUCUGGGCUUGUUUCGUUCUUGAAAUGGUUGUUGCCUUCCAUCCUUCUGUAACGGAGAGGAGUAGGAGACACUGAUAUCGCAUGAGUCAGAAAUGUGGGUAUAUUUAGCAGUUUGUCAAUUAAUAUGAACUGGUACUGUAUUCAUUUAUAGGGUCUUAACAAAUGAUUAUUGGAGUUAUAUCUUAAGCUUGUUUGGAGCCUAAUAAAAACUGUUGUUGGAAUAUGCUUUCAUUUAGCAUAGGAAGGUAGAAUGUAAAUUAUACAAUCUUGAGAUGUCUAGCUAUCAAACCAAUUAAAUAUCUCCAGUGACGCCCUGCCAUAGUAGUGAUACAGUAAGUUGUCAGUGAGUUGGCUGGGGCGUAAAGCCCUCAACUGUACCUGUAAUACCCGCUGUAGCUGACUUGUGAGAUGUCAAUAUUUCCUUCUCUUUUUCCUCCUUUUUUUCUGUUGACUUGUUCACUCCCCCUUCACCUUUUAUGACCUGGAAAGUGGGUUUUUCUUUAGUUGUAUAAAGCAUGCCAGUUUUUAACUUCUGUUACAUUUUGGUCACAGAUUUCAUUUUUGCGUUAUAGGUUGGCUUUUAUAUUCAUACAUGACUGCUGGCUUGUCGGUGAAAGAAAAAAAGACCCAGACUGAGAUUUGUCGCUUCUGUCAAGAGUUCUGCGUUUGUUCUUGCACACAAGUGAAAACCACUGAAUUAGACUGAUGAAAAUGUAAACCUCAUAUUGGGAAAAAAGCGAGAUUUAAUUAGCUUACAGAAGAGCCUCUGCUUACUGUGAAGGAGGGUCAACAAGUAAUUCAUGGUGACGCUUCAUGUCGGUCUUGGUUUUAAAACUAUCUAAAAAGCAAACGAUGUCUAAAUUCUGGGUAGCUUCAGGUCUAGUGAAUAAUGUAACAUAGGAAGGCUCCAUGUUCUUGAAUAGGAACUUAAACCUAAAAGUCACAUUUAGAGCCCAUCAGACAGUUUUAGACUGCGGGACCCUGCAGAGUGCUCAUGGCAGAAUAUGGUGUUGGAGAUGGAGUGAAUCCUGACGGCCUGUCAACACACUCUACAUUAAAACAGAGGAAUGCAUUUUAAAUAUUUUAGUUUCUUUUCUUUCUCCAGGCACUUUACUCACUGUUUUGUGUCCAACACUCCACAUUGGCGUUGGUAGCAAUCUCGACUGAAACCAAAUGGCACGUGUUGUUACAAAUUAGUAGUUAUAACCUCCAAGUGUUUCUGUUGCAUGACAACACGUCCGUUAAAGGGAAGAUGUGAAGUGUCUGCUGACAGGAAAAAUAAACUAAAAUUCAGACUAUCAAAGACUUUUUUCUUCUCCAAACGCUACUAAAGAGUUGGGCUACGAGCAGGAUUGUGCCGUCUUUCUAAUCCCACCGUUCAACCUGCAGCGUUGAAUCCCAUUGGUUAUCCUGGUUAUAAUAGAGGGGGCACUUUGUGUUUUUCUUUUCUUCCCCUGAGCCAGUCACCGGCCUUCAUCCACAUUGUUUCAAAAGGCUGACUCAUGCCACGUGUCUCUGGAGCCAACACUAUUAUCAACUGUUUCUUGAUACUUAUUUGUUUAAAAAAUAAUAAAUGGCUAAUCUAUAUACUUAACAUUUAAUUGUUGGUAUGAUAUAUGUGGUUCACAUUGUAAAAUAAAUAAAACCAUUGAGUUGCAAUUGGAUGGACUGUUUCAUUAAAAAAAAGAAAGAAAA